AUGGUGCAAAGGACGGUUUUGAAGGUGCAACUAUCUGGCGAAAAAAGCAAGAAGAAGAUCCUCAGAUCAGUGUCCGGACUCAAAGGCGUUGAUAAAGUUGAACUCGAUGUAUCUAAAGGAACGUUAACAGUAACCGGAGAUGCAGAUCCUUAUGAGAUAAUAUUACAAACAAAGAAGGCUGGGAAAUUUGUCGAAGUUAUAACAAUCGGACCUCCACCUGCUCCUCCAAAGAAGCCAGAGGAAAAGAAGCCCGAAGAGAAGAAGCCAGUAGAGAAAAAACCCGCAGAAAAGAAACCUGAAGUAAAGAAACCCGAAGAGAAAGUACAUAUUCAUCCUUAUGAUACCCACAAGCCAUAUGAUUGCGUUAUUUGUCAACAAAUGACUAUGGCUCCUAUGAAUCAGUGGGAGGAGCGUGAUUCUACUUGUACCAUUAUGUAA